AAGCGUCACCAGAAUAUGUGUUGGUUGUAAGUUCCGGACCUGAAACGUCCUUUGAUCAUUUGGUUGAUCUUUUUUCUUUUUAAAUGUCAGCUACAGGGCAGUAAGCCUUAACAAGGGAUGUGGCACAGCGACUCGAAGCCUUAAAGUCUCGGCUCACAUCAGGAAGCUGCAGGCAGCCUCCACAAAGACCUAACAGCCCAGGCUAUCUGUUUGUAGGCACGCGGUGUCAUUUGGGCUUUCCAGCGAAGGGGAGGGGAACAAGCGACUGAGCGGAACUCAGUCCGCACAUCACCGCGACCACACAGCGUCAACUUCCAAACACCCCGGACGUGUCAUGGAGGGAGGGUGUUGUGGAGGAGACUGACGGCUAACAGCCACUUGAGCUGCCCGGGGACCAAGGCAGAGCGGCCGAGCUGUGCUGGAGUGACUGCUCGUGUUCUGUCCAUCCUGUGAGCCCACUGGCUGUCGGUCCAGUGGGCUGCUUGAGGUGUCUCAGAGCUGUGGAUUGCAUCAUUAUACGACUAACGAUCGCAAUCAAAGCUCGUCCUCAUCUUCCUCCUCCCCCAUUGCUUUUUUCGCUCAGCCUGACCACACACACACACACACACACACACACACACACACAACCCCUCUGACUACUCCUCCCACGCUGGUCAUGGUCAACUCCUCCUGUCUCUCCAGCCAGCCAGUCAGGCAGUGAGUUCAUGGAAGCUGUGUAAUCCUCUGUAAAGUAUCGGGCCUAUACGGCUGCAUUUGCUCUCUUUUGUCAUGGCGGCUGUUGUUGUUGCAGAGGCCUCUCUCAGGAGAACACAUGAGGGAGAACACAAGGCAGCAUAAAGCUCAAGAAGGGAGGAAGAGAGUUGAGUGAGAGACACUGACGCUGCCGUUUAUUUGACCGGAGGAGAAUGAGCUUCACAGGGCAACGGAUGGAAUUCAAUGGGGGUGAAAGUACAUGAUGUGGGACUGGCAUCACCACCCCACACCAAUCACAAAUUGUACCAACUUUCAAUUUUGGAGAUAUUUGCCACAUAGUGGCCUGCAGCGAGGGAUGCAGUGAAAGAGACAAAGUAGACCAGACUUUUUUUUUUUUUUUCUUGGUUUGGAGUAUUUUUCAAAAAAGACAUUUUCCCUUAGUGGUCUUUCUGGAAUACAGCCUACCAAAAGUGCCUUUUUUUGUUUAUUUAGUUUUGUUGCUUUCCAUGAUCUAUAUUCAUACUCCAUCUUGCCACAGAUUAUUGCAUUUCAUUUAGCAUAAAGUAACCGUCAAAUUCAGAAGGCGUUGCCAUAUUUUAGUGAAGUUACACAGUAUAUUUGACUUGGUGUGUGUGUGUGGUAGUUCUGCUUGGGCCGGAGUUGUUUAGUUCCAGGAUAAAGUCCCAGAGAGUAGGGUUGUGCCAGACCAUUCUGACUUUCUGCACUUCCUUCGCCCCGACCCUUGUUGCUUCGACGACGUAGAGCCGUCGCCAUGAUCAGCAUCCAGUCCAAAUGGCGCUACCUUUUCAUGUUCCUGGGCAUUCAGCUGGUGGUCAUGGCACUGCUGUCCCGAGAGGGAUACCAGAAGAGGGUCUCCUACUUCAUCCGCAUCUUCCGAAAGCCGGACACCACUGGUUUGUCAGGUCGCAACCACACGGCAGCGGGCAUCGCUGGCGGGGAUGUAUAUGCCAACCUCUCCCACCUAUCCAAAACUCAUAGCCAGGGAGAUGAAAUGCCUUACUGCCCUAAGACGUCUCCUCUAAUUGGUGGGCCGAUCCACGUCAGCUUUCCGUCGGGGCUCACAACUGCACAGGUUCAGAGGAAAAAUCCCUUGGUGGUGCGAGGAGGACGCUACAGGCCGCCUGACUGUGAGGCGAGGCACCGAACAGCCAUCAUCAUUCCCCACAGACACAGAGAACACCACCUGAAGUUCCUACUGUACUACCUGCAUCCUUUCCUCCAGCGACAGCAGCUCAACUAUGGAAUUUACGUCAUUCACCAGGCCGGAAACUACACUUUCAACAGGGCCAAGCUGAUGAAUGUGGGUUUCCGGGAGGCCAUGAAGGAGGAAGACUGGGACUGUCUCUUCUUCCAUGAUGUGGACCUCAUCCCCGAGGACGAUCGCAACACGUACGUCUGCGACUCCAACCCCAAGCACGCCGCCAUCGCCAUGGACAAGUUCGGCUAUAAGCUUCCGUACAAGAUGUACUUUGGAGGAGUGUCAGCUCUGUCGCCACUGCACUACCUCAAGAUGAAUGGCUUUCCCAACAACUACUGGGGUUGGGGUGGAGAGGACGACGAUAUUGGAAUCCGAGUGACUCUGGGGGGGAUGUACAUCACUCGUCCAUCGGUGAAAGUCGGUCGUUACAAGAUGAUUAAACACAAGCUGGACAAAGGCAAUGGCGUGAACCCAAAGAGGUUCAACAUGCUGGCCAAGACACGUCAGACCUGGAGGUCGGAUGGGAUGAACACCGCUGAAUAUGAGACAAUCUCCCGGCAGUACCUGCCUCUUUACACCAACAUCACUGUCAACAUUGGCACCGAGGCCGGUUUACAUCCACCUCCACCACUGCCUCCUGCCAAAGCUGCAGUGGAAAAAACUGACCAAGUCCCAUCAAAAGCCACAGCCAAACCCUCUGCCAAACUCAAAGAGGGCCGCACAGAGAAAAUGUCUGCUCCAAGAGACCGCUAAUCAUGCUUCACUCUGGCACUCACGUGUCCUAUUGGUACAUGCUGUAGGAUGGUGGAUUUAUUCUCAUUCGCCGGGAGUUUGUCAAUUUAAGAUUCAUCAUCAGUUUGUGGAGGAAUUAUUUGGCGCAGAGUCAACAUCGUGCUGCCUGCAGACAGUGGGAUGCUCGUGAAUAGAACACCUGAUUUGUUAAAAAUAUAAACAAUUGACCUGAAUUUCUCAACCCCCAGGUAACGGCUCUCCACCUCGGUUGCUGUAAAUCACUGAUUCUUCUUCCAAGGGAGCCAUAGUAAAGAGGGUAAAAGUUGGACUCUAUGAGUUUUUUUUAUUUAUAUAUAUAUAUAUAUAUAUAUAUAUAUAUAUAUAUAUAUAUAUAUAUAUAUAUAUAUAUAUACACACACUGCGCCUUGGUCGCUGGUUAAGCCUUGUGAUGCCUUAGAAGCUUGUUCUCUUUUCUUUUUUUUGUCUUCUCACUCGUACCUUACAUUAUUUAGAAUAUGGAGUUUAUUAGAGCAGUAGCUGCAAUUUCCAUCAGUCACUCUUCUUUCUUUUUUUGUCUCAACGCCAAUGAAUGAAGGUUCCUUGUUUCAAGUUGAGGGUGGGAAGCUGCUACAAUGACUGCUGAAUGAAUGACUGAUUUGUGUAUUACUGAUACUAUUACUGCUUCUGACGAUGCACAUGUCCCAUCUGUCUGUAAAGAUGAUAUUUGCACAGAUGUUGACCUUUAUCCGUUCGGUUUGUGUAUCAAAAGAAGGACUCGACUCUUUCUAAUGUUUUUCAAGUUGGGGAUGCUGUACACGUCUGUUUUGCCUCCUGUCGUGUUCGUUGAAGUCUCCAGAGAAUGAGAGAAAAGUUCUGUACACCGAGGACAAAGCUACAGUUCCUCUUUGUAGUUUAAGUUCAGCCUUUCAAAUUUCGACAUAUCCGAUAUCUACAACAUUUGAGUGAAUUUUCUUUCUUUUUUUGCAUGUUCUUGUGUAUUUGCCUUAUCAGGCAGAGCCGGUCUUGGUGACGGUGAUCAGUUUUCUGCCUUCAGAUGAGCUUGAGAUUCACAUCAAAAUGGAGUCUUUCUUGCUCAACAUUCAACAUCAUCCAUAUGUACGUGUCUCUUCCUCCCAUAACACUUUAUAUGCAGUCCAAUCUUCAUGAUGUAUCUGUUUGACGAUGUCCUGUCCGUGAUCUAUACAUAUCGUUGAGAAAUGAGGUAUAGUAGCCAAAUGUAUCCAAAUGUAUCCAUGGAGACAAGCUGGUCCAAUGCUUGAGCCCAAAGCACAACAUGACGGUUUGCUGUUGGAGGGCAAUGGAGGUUGUGUCGCUGUUUUCACAAGAGAACAUUGUGAUUGUGCAUGUUCAGUUCAAUUGGAGGGUUUUAUUGUCCUCGUUUGUGUUUAGAGAGAAUUCUGUGACCGACUUGGACCAAUUUGAUCAUUUAAAACUCCAAAAAUAUUGUCUGAAUGCAUCACUGUCAAGUUGGCUCAUAGAUGUGAGGUUUUUUUUUUUACACGACAUCCAACUAAAAAUCUGUGAUACAUUUCCGAUAUCUUGAGCAAUAUUGUUGUGGGAGUCUCGUCGAUAAGGAAACGGGCCGCGUUUUCUUCUUUUUAUUCCUUUGAUCUUUUUUUAUUUUAUUUAAACGCAUUAGAAAUCUGUCUUCAAUCUUGACUCUGUCUUUGUCACAAUGCGACUCUGAAAGCCAGAUCUUUCACAAGUUAUCACAUGGAGACGGCCGCCAUUUGCAGUCCACUAUUGUGCACGUCUUCGUUUGUCUCCACUCUGACAGAUUUGAUUGUAACCACGAGAGAACGAAGCGGCCCUUUCCUCUGGUGGGAGCGGCUGGAACCAAAGACAAUUGCGUGGAAAGCUGUGGUGAUGGAUUAAAAAGUGUGUGUAAAUGAUAUACGUCCUAUGUUAUGAAUGGUUUUCCGUAACACUCUUCUUAUCAAUAUUUGUAGCAUAUUUUAAUUCUGUGUUGCAAGAAUCUUAGACCAACAGGUAUUCAGAUUACUCAUAAAUUACAGGGUAAAAAAACAGUAAAUUUAGUGAAGGGAUGGGGAUAGUUAAGAUUUUAAGUGACUUUGUUUUUUCAAAUUGUAUGAAAACGUAUCUACGCGUCUUUGUGGUAUUUGUCCACUGAAGUGGACGAGAAGCUAUGCGAGUGGUUGCCUGGGAUUUUCAUAAAUUGAUACUAUAUACUGGUAUUUUCGUUUUGAUGUGAAUUCAUAUUCGACUCUGAUGGCCUUAGCAACACACACACACACACACACGAUGCUAGUAUUGCAACACUUGGUCACUUAUACAAUAGCAUCUUUAUAUCGAGACUAAAUAUGCAUGGCAGCAAUUAGAGAGGGAAUGUACUGAGCACAAUGUGGAGAUGACGCAUAACCAAGCUCAUCUAGAAAUUAUGAAGUAUGCUGAAGUGUCUUUGUUUUGAACUGGAAACUGUCUUAUUGUGACUAAAUGCAAGUUCCCAUCUGCUGUGCCGAGUGCUCCUCGCGGUUACAUUCGAGGACAAGAGUCGGCGCCUUUUGAGCAAAAUGUACAAAGGAAGCUUCUUUUCCCCAAAUCACAACGUACAGUCCAUCAUUUACUUGACCUGAUGGUUUUUUGUUCACUACUUCAUGUUGGAUUUGACUCUGUCCUGAUGUGUAUGUGCUCUGCAGUCAUAGCAGGCUAGUACUGACGCAACCAAGGGCAGUGUGACAGUUAUUUCUGCUCUCUUUAUGAAUUCUGCACAGUCCAUAGUGGCCUUAAAAUCAUUAAUAAACUGAUUAUUCAAAAGCU